CCUUUUGUCUUUCUAUAUUAUAUGAGUAAAACAUAGCGUCUACUUCCAUAAACACAAAAUUGGAGGCAAUUUUCUUGGUCUAAAAAUUAAGAAGAAGAAGAAAAACAAUGGAAUCCUCCGAACAAAUAACUAAUAGCACAGAAGAACAAGGAGUAGAAGCUCAAGAUGAUAAUCGUACUAAUUCUAAACGAGGAGGCUGGAUUACCGUUCCCUUUAUUAUGGGAAAUCUCGGGGGUCUUUCAGUGGCAGCUGGUGGCUGGGGUGCUAACUGGAUUGUAUUUCUGAUAACAAAGUUUAACAUUGGGAGUAUAUCUGCUACUAAGAUCAACAAUGUUGGUUUGGCUUUAAUUUGUAUCUUCCCGGUCGUCGGAGCUAUCACGGCCGACUCCUUUGCCGGAAACUUUAUCGUCAUAGUCAUCUCUUCCUUGAUCGCUUUGCUGGGCAUGACAUUAUUAACUCUAAUAGUUGGAAUCCCUUCGUUGAUGCCUACACCAUGUUCAAUUGGCUCUUCGAGUAUUCCAUGUGAGAGCCCAACAACUUUUCAAUAUAUCAUCCUUUAUGCUGCCAUGGGGCUAGUUACAAUGGGAAUUGGUGGCUCUCGUUUUACGAUAGCAACUAUGGGCGCCGACCAGUUUCAGACUAGCAAUCACCAAGCAAGCUUCUUUAGUUGGUACUUCAUUGUUUUGUAUGUGGGAAAUGCUUUCAGCUACAUUGUUCUGGUCUACCUUGAGGACAAUAUUGGUUGGGGAUUAGGCUUUGGGAUUUGCCUUGCCAUGACAGCACUUGCACUAGCUUUGUUUUUGUUGGGAAAACACUUUUAUCGGAUCUUUAAGCCGAAAGGAAGCCCAUUUGUGAGCAUGGUAAGAGUUGUCGUUGCAGCAAUUCGGAAGAGAAAAUUGUCAUUAACAAAUCCUUUAACAAAUAGCUCGGUGAACAUAGUUCAGACAAAAUCACCAAGUGAAAGUUUCAGGUUCUUGAAUCGUGCUUGCUUGAAAGCUGAAAACGACGAACAAAUUGAUAGCGUUCACACAAAAUCAUGGAAACUAUGCAUAGUUGAAGAAGUGGAAGACCUUAAAAGAGUAUUCAAGCUCAUUCCUUUAUGGUCAACCGGCAUUCUCUUAACCACCACCAUCGCCAUGUUUAAUAGCUUAUCAACAAUCCAAGCCCUAGCAAUGGAUAGGCAGGUGGCGGGCUCCAUCAAAAUCCCAGCUGGCACAUUCCUAGCCUUCACUCUUGUAACCACGGCCAUCUCAAUCUUCAUCGUCGACCGUUACCUACUUAAUAAGUGGAAAAAUUUACGCGGCCGAGCUCUAUCACCCCUUCAACGAAUAGGGAUCGGACACCUCAUUAACAUAAUAGGUAUUGCCGCAAUUGGCACAAUCGAAGCAAAACGGCUCCACUUGGCACGAGCAGAUCCAGCCAAGUCAGUCGUGGCCAUGUCAGCCUUAUGGCUCGUGCCAAGUCUAGUGAUUGUAGGAAUAGGCGAGGCAUUUCAUUUUCCUGGCCAAGUUGCAUUGUAUUACCAAGAAUUUCCCGAAUCGCUGAAAAGUACUUCAACAACUAUGGUAUCACUAUUAAUUGGAUUAGGAUAUUACCUUAGCGUGGUUGUCACUGAUCUUAUAGACCAUACUACGGGUUGGUUAACUAAUAACAUAAAUCAAGGAAGAGUAGAUAAUGUGUAUUGGUUUUUUGUGGUGAUUGGAGUGCUGAAUUUUGGAUAUUUUUUGGUUUGCACUAAAUUGUACAAGUACCAAGUUUAACUAUGUUGUUCAUAAU